UUCGUUCCCAUUUCCCAAUCGAGAAGUUACAUUUACCAUCUUUCCAAAAUCACGUGAAGGCAACGACGCGAGACUAAAAGGACCAGAGAAAUGACAUUUAAAAAUAAAUAAAAAUAAAAACAAUAAAAAACAGUUACAACGUUUAGAAGAUUAAACGUCUUCUUUUAGAAAAUUCACGUCCAGUUGCCUCAUAGACAUUUUAAAAAAUCCGUUUCCCCGAAAUGUGCUCGUAUGCUCACAUCAUACAUGUUAAUAAUAAUGUGGUCAAUAUGGCCCACGGUCACUCUCACACUGUGACGUAAUUUGACAGCUUCCGGGAGAAUAUUGCAGCCGAGUAUUAGUGCAGCCCUCUCAAUGAGAACACAGCUACAGUCGUACCAGAGCCAUGGGGAGUUAAAUCUACCAUUUAUCUGAACGACUAUUAGCCUAGCUACCGCUGGGUAGAGAGGCUAACUGCCGGGGCAGCUGCAGCGGAUCCUCCUCUGCUGACUCCUCCGAAGGCACUGCCUAAAACGGACCGCUACGUGUCAUCUGUGUGUGGAUUCCUGUCAUUUCGGGGGACGCUUUUUUUUUUUUUUUUUUUUGCAGUAAACGGUCACCGCGUUUGGAGCACAGGCGGCUGAGGAGCGUCUGUCAGGUUUUGAGUCCUGACUGACAAUCAAUUGUUUUGAGACUUUUUUUUUUAUAUUACUGCCACAACAGCUCUGGCUGGAGAAGUGCUUGCUGAGACGAAGAGCGCGGAGCACACAGUUCCUUCACACAUUAAGAUAACAGUCUCUGGUUGGUCAUUUUCAUUUUGUUCCAUUGCACUGGAGGGGCCAAAGUAUCCAGGAGAUUAUUGUUGGAAAGUCCAAGCCAGGCACUGUGCGGGAAGGAAGGAAAUCCCUGGAAAUUUCUGAAGACAAAAAGCUUUGUUGCUGGAAUGCUCCACCAACAGAGUGAAGCAAGGACACCGAUGGACGGGACUAAGUUGAGCUAAGGUUGAGCUCUCUGGAUUGAUACAGUCCUAACAGCUUUUUCCACUUUGUUUCACAUGGCAACAGAUGGAUGUUCAACAGAACGUUCCUCCACUUCCUUUGGACAUCACUGUUGUCACUUCCUGCUGUCACAAACUCACUGCCUCCAGCAGGUGAAGUGGUCCGUGGGAGCCACCAGCAGGGUUGAGUGAUGCCCCAACACAGGAAAAGCAGGCUACUCCACUGGCCCCUUUACAGACUCCUGAGCCCUGGACCUAAAGCUUACAUUCUCCUGCCAUAACACAGAAAGAUAAAGGGACUUAAAAAAAAAAAAAAUCACAGAUGCACACUCUGCUCAUCUGAAAACUCUUUGGGACUACAGCUAAGAGAAAACCUCUAUUCUUAGUUGCUUGCUUAGUUCUUAUUAAGAAAGAAAGGGGGCGCUCAAACACCACCUUAGUUCACUGCGUUCUCUCAUCUAUCUACUUAAUUUCUAGCUGUUGUAGUCUGUCUGCUGCCAAAACCUUUACCUCUGGUAAUCAGGUACCUCAUCGAUGUCCCAUUUCAAUAGUACGCAGAUCAACCUAACACACACUGUCGGACCACAUUAAUAAUUAACUUAAUUUAUGCGUUUCAUCUUAAAAGUCCAACGUCUAAGUAACAGCUAUAUAUUUGAUUGCACUUGAAUCGUGGUUCUGACAUGAUUGUCUCGUUAUCUUUUCCUUGUCACUGCUGUGAUGUUGGACCUUGGUCUGUGUUUACAGUCAGUCACGUUAUGUUGAGGGAAAUGCAGUUACAGCAGUGGUGUUAAUGUGCCUCAACCUCUAAGAAUCUGUGGCUGAAUAAUUAGUCCAGCCUUCCAACAGGGAGAGAGCUUUUUUAGCCUCAUUUGAAUCUCCUGCUCUCUUAAUCAGAAUUGAUGCAAAAUCUGCAAAAAAAACCACACGUCACCUUCAGCGACUUUUACUGCAUCGUUCUUGUUUUUUUUCUACGUCUUAUUUUUUCUCUAACUACAUUCCCCCCGUGUGUGUACACAUAAAAAGUAAAAGCAACUUUACCGUGGAUGACAAAAACGCCAAACACCGGAAGUAAUGCCAGGAGGCAGCAGUAAGAGCGGAGGGCGGGGGCCAUCCUCAUCACCCCUCCCACACUCCGUCGUCCCGGCCAACAGACCCCUGCGACCCUCCCGCUACGUCCCCGUGUCGGCGGCCACCUUCUUCUUGGUUGGAUCCACCACGCUGUUCUUCUGUUUCACGUUUUGUGUGUGUGUGUUUGUCUCUGCAGCUGAGGAGGACGAGGACAAAGACGAUGAUUUCCGUGCUCCCCUCUACAAGACGGUGGAGAUCAGAGGGAUCCAGGUCAGGAUGAAGUGGUGUUCCACCUGUCGCUUCUACAGGCCACCGCGGUGCUCCCACUGCUCUGUGUGUGACAACUGCGUUGAGGACUUUGACCAUCACUGUCCGUGGGUGAACAACUGCAUCGGCAGGAGGAACUACCGUUACUUCUUCCUCUUCCUGCUGUCGCUGACGGCUCACAUCAUGGCUGUGUUCGGCUUCGGCCUCCUCUUCAUCCUCUACCAUCGGCAGAACAUUGACCGCCUGCACGCCAUUGUCACCCUCGCUGUAAUGUGCGUGGCAGGCCUGUUCUUCAUCCCUGUUGCGGGCCUCACUGGUUUCCACAUAGUGCUUGUGGCCAGAGGCAGAACCACUAAUGAACAGGUCACAGGAAAGUUCAGAGGAGGCGUUAACCCAUUUACCAACGGCUGUUUGAGAAACGUCUCUCAUGUCCUGUGCACCUCUCUCGCCCCCAGGUACCUGGGCAGAAGGAAGGGUGUCCAGAGUGUGUGUGUGCAGCCUCCUUUCCUUCGUCCUCAGCUGACUGAGGCUCAGCUGGCAGCCAAGAUCCUGGACAACGGCAUUCAGGGAGAGCUGCAUCGGUCAAGGUCCAGUUUGGAGAUGAUGGAGAGUCAGUCAUGUGAUGCCGAGCCUCCGCCUCCACCUAAACCUGAGCUGCGCUUCCCAGGAAUCAGCAGAGGAAACACAGAGGAAUGCAGUCUGCUGAAUAAAGCCCCUCCAACCCCCACCAUGUACAAAUAUAGACCCACCUACAGCCCUGGCAAGAAUCACACAGCGCUCACACAUGCAUAUGCCAACCAGUUAAGUCGAGGAGAGAGUGUUGGCAGUGCCAGAGACUCUUCCUCCUCCACCUCCUCCCUCCUCCAGGCCAGCCAGCAGCCUGGCUUCCGCUCCCAGCCCAGUCUGGAUCGGCGGGAUGUUUCCUCUGACAGAGCUGGAGGUGGAGGAGGAAUCGGAGUGGCGAAGCACGAGAGUGGAAGAGAGGUAGGAGGAGGGGGCAUCCCCGGCUACUCCCUCGGCGGCCGCUCCUACCCUUCCUUUUCUGACCCAGCCGUCUUGUCGGGGGCAGCGUCUCGAUCGUCUAGCUCCACGCACACCUCGGCGGGCACCACCCACAUCUCCGAGGCAACCUCCACUAGUUUCAAGAGCAUAGCCAAUCAGACGCCGCCAUCCCAGCAUGCAUCACGCAACGGAAGCUUGUCUUACGACUGCUUACUGGCCGGUGAUGAAUAUGACAAGGGCGUGGCCGUCCCUGAGGUUUCCUCCGGGAGACCCUGCACACCGGCUGCGAUGGUCAACUACAGCGCUGCCUCCUUCGCUUCCACGCAACAACGUGACAGGGAGAUGCAUCCCCAGGAGUCCCAGUCACCACACCAUCACCACCACCACCACCGCUCCUCUCAUCACCACCACCAUCACCACCCCUUCCUCCAUCGCUCAUCCUCCUCCCCUCCUCCACCUGCGGAGAGAGAGCGCCUGGUGAGUGACCCUGGAACUUGCCAACUCUCAGCCAAUCAGGCUGCUGCUCCCCAUUCCUCCUCCUCCUCCUCCUCCUCCUCAGUCCAGCCUUCCCUGCACCACCACCACCGCCACUCCCACCAUCACCACCACUCCCAUCACCACCACCACCACUCCUCAUCGUCCUCCUCCAACUCCCAUCCUCCCCGCUACGGAGCCCCUCAUGCACCGCCCCACCAUGCCUACCCGUACCGCACCCGCUCCACUGACACCCCUCUCGGAACCACCACUGCUCCCCGCUCACCACAUGCCCCGCCGCUGGGCAAGUCGCUCUCAUAUUCCAGCGCCGCCGCUGCUGAAAUGCAAUACCGGCUGGUCCGAAAGGCUUCUGCAUCAGCUGGAGCGAACGCAGCAGGGGUGGGAGGAGGAGGAGGAAGUGGAGGGAUGGGAGGAGGAGGAGGAGGAGGAAUACAAGCACCGAAGGAUGAAGUGAUCCAGAUGAAACCGUUCAGUCGGACCAACGGCGGUCAGCCCUUCUCCUCCCCUGUCCGCUCCUCCCCCUCCCCCUCCUCUCCCUCUCACCCAGCGGGCUUGUCCUCACGACCUGCGACGGCGCUCCACCCCGGCUCGCCAUUGACGCAGAGCCCUGCUCACAAGCCCCAGGGCGGCGGCGGCGGGAUCGGGGUGAAGAAGGUGACGGGCGUGGGCGGCACCACCUACGAAAUUUCUGUGUGAGUCGGGAGUCCGGCUGCCAGCUCCAAGAUCAGCAGGAUGCACUUUGGUCCGUUUCUGACUUUCAGGUGAACUCAUCGGGGUUUUUUUGUACAAAAAGUAAACACGGAGAAGAAAGUGGAACCAUUUCGAUCCUUAUCGGCAGGUCGACUGUACUGAACUGUUUUGUCCUCCUAUUCCUGCCGAGAGCAUCACAGGACCACCGGAGCUGGUGAAAGCCAAACUCUGAGUUCACACGAGACCUUCUUUUAUCAGAUGCCACAGUCUGGAACAACACCAACUAUGAUUGAGCUCCUUCUGUGAGGCUUCGUCAGUGUGGUAGCUCAGCGGGUGUGGCGGGUCUGGUUUCGUCUUGUAACUAUAGCAACGUAAGGCAUUGACCACUGCCAGGGUCAGGAGCUCCAGCAGAGUUAGUCCACUCUGGGUUAGGCUUUCACACCUGAACCUUCACAAAGUUUCUGACGCUGCUGCAGACGUCCAACAUCACAGCAACAGUUCCUCCUCCUUUUUUUUUUUUUACGGUAAUAAAACGUCACAGUCGGUGAAAACAAAUCAUGUUUGAAACUCAGAAAGAGAAAGGGGAAAAAAAGCUCAUGGAAUGAAAUCUACACCUGUUUUAAAUGUGCUCAGUAUUUUGACAUAUAUUUAAAUACUUAUGUGUUUUGACAGAGUUUUACAACAAAAAAACAGAAGUUGGUGAAGUCCACAGGGAAACCCGGUCAUUGUGAAUCAGGCUGCCUGAUUCUUGGAUCAGUAAGAAGAACAGGAGAGGGAAACGUGUCUGGUUGUAUUUCCAUACACAUGUAGCUCAGUGUGUGGAAUUGUGAGUACCGACCCAGAUUUCGGUUUGUCCCUUCUACUUCCAAAAAUAAUACGUAUGCAAACAACCUAGGGACUUAAAUGUGCAGAUGGAUGUUAGUUUGAAAACUUCAGUAAAAAUCAUCUUUACUGCAGCCGGUUUCCUCAGUACUGAACCUCCAACACCACCGAGUCUAAAAAGGCAACACAAUCCAGAUUGUGGAGUUCUACAAAAAACGAAAUGUGUUCAUCAUCAUGUUGCACACUGCCUUUGAUGCCUCUGUGCCUGCACACCAGGCAUAUACAUAACAUUGUGUGACUGCUUUCAAACUUAAUUUCAACACCUGUCUGUAUAGAGGUGAGACAGGUUUAGGUGGAUUAGAAAUAAAAUCAUCUACACAGUUUUGUUCCAAAUAUUUUGGCAAAAGUGACAGACCCCAGCAAAAAGUGCGAUCUGUCCACCAGGUGGAGCAAUGACAUGUAACGAGUGUGUGUGAUGAUUGAAGUUAUCUGGCACAUUUGCAUCACAUCAGUUAGCCUCAACCUUCUGAAGCUGUGAACGUCUUACCAGUGUUGCUGCUCGUCAAGUUGCCUGACUUGUAGAUGGACGGAAGGAGAAAAAAAAAGAUUUAAAGAAAACCGAACUCUUUAUUUAUCGAUUUAUUCCUUGAUGUGAAUAUGAUUCCAUGUUUGUACAGAAUGAUGUGAACUUUUUUAAAUGUGGAUUUCCUUUAAAAAAAAAUGGCGUUCGUAACCGAUGCCAGCAUGCACUACUAAAACUAGCCACUAGAGGGCCGCUACAUUUGAACAAAUAGAAGGUAAAGAAACAAAUCAUAUUUUGUUAAUAAGGGUUGUUAGGAAAAGACAAGCUUUCCUGGACAACGGCUCAUGGACUUUUUUUUUUUAAAUAAUUCCACGUGUUUUUAUUUUAUUUUACGUAUUUAAUUUGAAAUUGUUUUAUAUAAAUUUCUAUGGAAAUGUAGCUAUUGAAAAGUGAGUUUUUAUUAUUGACUAAGGAAAGCUAGAGUCACAAGGGUGGCCCAUGUGAUUGGUUUCAGUUCAUCUGAAUUUGUGUUGUCUCAAAUGUCCUGUGUCCUAACAUCUCAUGAGAAUAAACAGGGACUGAAAUCUGGUUGGUUUUAUAAUUUAAACAGACUGGAAUGUAGUCUUUACUUCUGGAGUUCUCUGAAGAACUCUGGCUCAGGGAUCUGGUCAAAUGGAUCAUCUAAACAGACCACAGUAUGGAUGUGAAUAAAUGCUAGUCGAGGCAGCACAGAAACCCAAGUUCACUUUUUAAUUAAUGCUCUAACAAUAACACGUGGUUCUCUCCUCCGUUUCACAUACACAGGCAAGUGAUCUGGAAUGAAUGCAGUGCAACAAAAGUUAGACGUGUCGACCACCAAAAGAAAAACAAAUAGAAAUUAGGUACAAAAAAAAAUAGUGUCCCAAGUUGGAAUCAUAAAAAGGAAUGUUUUCAUGUGUUAGUAGAAUUACCAAUGAUUGG